UUCGCACAAUGCAUCGGUCGGAACCGCAUGACUCAACGUAAUAUAGAGUGGAUAUUACCGCGAAAAAUACCGUUAACGUUGUAAAAAGUGGUUAUUACCGCAAUGUGAGUGACUUUAGAGACGUCUCUCUGUUUUAAUUACAUAAUAAAGUUUGUAUUGAGUUAUAAUUUAUAGAAAAAAAUACUUAGUAAAAAUGGGAUAAUGUUGGUGUUAAAUAAGUACAAACAGUGAUAAUAUGAAGUGAAAAAAAAAAACAGAAAAAAACAGUGAACGGAAAUACAAAAAGUAACAAAGUUAUAAGUUAUAAACAAAAAAAAGUAUCGUUUUAAAACCAAGUGUCUUAAUAAUAUUGUUAUUGUAAAUAAAGUACAAACGGUUGAAAUGGAUGUGAUCAAAUAAAUAAAUAGUUGAAUCGCCUAAUGAACGAGAUCUACGAAACCGUCUCCGCAUGCAACAUGGAUGAGAACAAGCCUGGCAGCUUCCCCACUGAAUCCUCUGACAGCACAAGCGAAGAUUCAGUAAAACUUACCCGAAACCUCACGGAAAAGCGCAAAAACUACGUCCGUCGGGUAUCCUCGCGCGUGGCCUACACGGACCCUAAGAACAGGACCCGGUUCAGGCAUCAGACCUCGGACUGUUCCUAUAAGUCAGAUACAACUACUGAGGCACCGCGGUAUUCUACUUUCCGGUCUUGGAAAAGCUUUCGGACAUCGCAAGUGAAUGUAAACGACAUGGACUCCGAACCCCCAGAACUUACAGAAAGGGGAGUUGAUGACAAAACGGGGUGCGGCGGUGUGGGCCAGAGCGGAGGCCUAUUCGACGCGUGUCUGCUCGUCGGCCUCAAUUGCAUGGCCGGGGAGGCCUAUGUCAAGAGCGUGUUCCCUAAACAAGUACAAGUGCCCCCACACAUAGAAAACCUAGUGUUCCCUGAAACGCUAAGUUCAGCCUGCAAGGAAUGGGCGCCUGAAGCAAAAAGUGCCCAGUGCUACUCACUAGUCCUUACUGAUGAGAGAGGGGAAAGGUCUUAUGGUUACUGUCGCCGAGUGCUACCAGAGGGCGCUACGGUGUGUCUCCCGUUGUGCUACUGUAUUAUAGGCAAAUACAGAGCGCCUGGCUUUUAUUAUAAGGUGCUCCAAGAAAUAGAAUCUCACCACGGCAGCUCAGACGUGGAAAUAAACAGCAUCCUCCAGCAGCUGUUCCACACCGACUUCCCAUCGCCAGGAGCCGAGCUGACGGUCCAGCAUGUCCGGCCCGCGCGCAGCAGCCUGCACGUGGACACGGCGAAGGCUAAAACGAUGCCUGACUUCCGGCACACGGUCACCGAGAAGGAUAUCGCGGCGUUUUAUGAUUUUGAGGGGAUGAAGGAAAAUCAAAGGACGCGGACAAUAAAACGGCCUCUAGAACCCAGAGCUGACGAAGACAAUGUGUCCAUAUUAUUGGACACCCUGGGCGCCGGCCUGCUGAUCAAGGUCUUUGGCUCUCUGCUGCUGGAAAGGAAAGUCAUCAUCAUCAGUGACCAGUUAAGCCUGCUGUCAUCGUGCCUGGAGGCCCUCCAGACCUCCCUGUACCCGUUCGUGUGGCAGCAGCCGCUCAUCGCCGCCAUCCCGGCCGAGAUCCAGCGGGACGUGCUGGAGGCGCCGCUGCCCAUGCUGGCCGGGCUGCUCAAGACGGCCGAGCUGGACACCAGCGGACUGCUUUUUGAAGAGGGAAUGCUAAUAGACCUAACACAGCCAUCCAAAGUGAUAUUCUACCAAGGCGACGAAUCUACAAUCCUACCGACCUACAGUUACAAGUCCCUCAAAACUACCAUCCAAAUGGAGACCAGACAGAAAGACAAACAGGACACUAAGACCAGGAAUGUGAUGAUAUCUGAGGCGUUCCUGAGAUUCUUCGUCGACGUUUUGGGGGGGCACGAGAAGUGCUUUAAGGAGGGGGUGAGGGGAGACGGCGAGAUGGGGAACGGAGGAGUUGUUUUUGAUAAAGAAACCUUCAUUAAAAACGCUCCGUCAAAACAGAACCAAUACUUUCUAGAAUGGUUCACGGAAACCGCCAUGUUCAACCAUUUCAUACAAAACAUGGCCGCCAUACACACAAACAAACAAAACAACAAUGUGCCCCUAGUCGAUACACCUUUACCCAACUUCUACGAAUUAUUCGAAGAAAGAGUCAGCAGUAGGGGAAGAAUGGAGAAAAUGGACGGUAAGGGAUAUUACAAAACGGCUAUGAAUAAAAAAGUGAGAUUAUUGAAAACUAAAUUGAGGGAGUUGGUUAAUUAAUUUUUAGUUUUUAUGUUAAGUUAGUGGAAAAAAAAUUGUACAUAGGUCUGUCGCUUACGACAUCUCGUGGAAUGCCGUACGUAAGCGACAUCUAUACUCAGUAUCUUUAGGUAUUUAAAUAAAAGUAAACAAACAAUUUGUACAUUUUCGUUUUGUCCGUAUAUUCGUUUGUCCCUUUCCGACGUAUUGGUAUGAUGGAAAGGGACAAACGAUUAUUAGCGGCAUCGUAACUUUAGUAUACGUUUAUGAAUAAGGGGGUUAAUGUUAUAACUACUCGAAAAUGUACAAAUUGUUUGUUUACUUUUAUUUAAAUACCUAAAGAUACAGAGUAUAAUGAAAUCUCGAUAUCGCGAGAUCUCGAGCGAAUUUUCGAGAUUUAAUCUCUUUAGCAGAAAAUUUCGAUUGUUGCAGUGUCGGUCGAGAUCUCGAUUAAAAAAUAUAUUACUGGAUUAAUGUUUUCGAGAUCUCGAACAGAUUAAAGAUUGAUGCGUGUGAAUUAUUUUGUUUUGAUUAAUGAUAAGAUUCAUGUUGUUCAAGCAGUUAUACCAUGUGUACCGUUUUAACACAUUCCAACACACACACAUUCAAGAAUAGGUUAGGUGUGUUCAUAUUGGAAAUGGGGCCCUCGGCACUGAAAGUAUUAACUGACAAUUAGAGCGCUGUAACGUGGCUCUUUGCCUCUCAAAAUUCUCUUUAUAUUUGCAAAUAUUACUAUUACCGAAAUAUAGAAACAGAAAGUACCCUAAAUAGAUAGUAUACACUGAAUUUUAAGGGAUUGGUGAUCAAAAUAACUCUUUUUUUUUUUGUUAAUUAAUUUGUCAAAUCUCGAUCUCGAAAUUCUGACGGUAGAGAUCUAGAAACAUCUAAUCUCGAAUCAGAUUUUUCACGCGAGAUCUCGAAUCUUUAAUCUUUGUUCGAGAUUGCAUUUCCUAGUUAAUACAGUAGACCUAUAAUAUGUCUUCCACGCAGAACAACUAGUGGAAUACUCUUUCAGUUGUUUACCCUAGGCACAAUUCAAAAUUUUAACUUUUUUUUCCAGCCGUGUGUGACAUUCUAAAUUUCGAACGUGCAAAAAAUCAUUGAUUGUGUUGGUACAUAAUGAAUUUGAAAUAGAGGUGGAUUGUCAAAGAAAACUUUGUAGCCUCGUUAAUUUACUGCCAUCUUUCGACACAUGAUUAAAGCUUUUAAAACGCCAUUUGACUUUGAUCCUUAUUAUUCUUUAUUUAAUUGUAGUCAUGUUUCAUUAUUUCACUGAUAUGUGUUAAAUUUGUUAAAUAUCAAAAAGUAGCGCCAAAUUACCGGGCAUAACCCAAAGAUCUAUCGCUCGAAAUGAUGCGCCAUACCUUUGGGGUUUGAUCUGUGUCGAAAGAUGGCAGUAAAUUUACUGUAGCUACAAAGCUUUGUUUGACAAUCCACCUCUAUAUCAAAUUCCCUUUGGUUGGUAGGUAUGUAAAGUCUAAUGGCGUUAUUCAUAAACGCGUUACUGGCCUGAAUUAGCUAUGAAUCGAUUGUCUUUAUCUGUCAUUUUGACUUAUGUAUUUGUAAGAAAGGGCUAAAACAUAAUUUAACUAAAUCAGGUCCGUAAAGUUUUAUGAAUAAGGGGGUAAGAAAAUAAUCGUGGCACUGAGUUCGAUGGAAUCUGAGUACAUGGCGCAAGUUUUAUGAUAACUGAAUUAUCAAACGAAAAAUUUUACGGUAUGUCGUAAAAUUUUUCGUUUAAUCAUUCAGUUAUAUCAAGCUGUAUAUAAUAUAUAAAGCGCUCUAUGUACAUUAGCUGUCAAAUUCGAAAGACUAAUUUAUCUUAUACUUUAUACAUCAAAUACAAUCAAUGAAUAUUUGGAACUUGUAUUUGCAUGAUACGGUAAACGAAUGAGUUUUAUCACAUGCGGCUGUUAUGGACAGUGGAAUCUGUACAAUUUUGAUGUUAAUAUCAGAAAGUUUUUGUACACUUUUCUUUUCAUACCUGUUUUAUUUUGCGUGAAUGCAUAAAAAAGACAUUUAACUAUUAUGUUAUUACACCCGAUAUCAUGACUAAGCUUUUUCGAAAAUUUAAAAGAGAUAUAAUUAUCAUUCUAAUGUGGUGGAUCAAAACUAAAUACUUAUUCCUAACUGAAACGAGACUUAGGGCUUGUUUCUCAAUCUCCAAGUAAAGUCCUGAAUUAGCUACUUGCCACUUACCUGACGAAUAAAGUCCUCGUUAGCGUUUCACAAUCUUCAAAUAAGCUUAACUGGUAGAUAAAGUGUUAAGUUUUGCAGGAAGUUUUAUCCAGCGGUUAAUUCAUUUGUUAAUAAGCUAUCCAAUACUUUACUUGGACAAUGUGAAACAGGCCAUUAACCAAGUGUAUAAUAUAAAAAAAAGUAACUAAAAUGUUGUAUAUAGUUGUCCUGUUUUGUCUUAAAAUCAUCUCAAACUAUUUCACCCUAACUGGAGAAAAUAACUGAAAACUAUCAAUUCUUUCUAACAAUCUAUUUUGUUUAUAUUUGGCUCGAUAUUCGUUGUCUUGUUUUUGACCACUUUGUCACGCUUGUAUUUCUGUAUUUUAUUAAAUAAAUACAAAAGGCGAGUGCUAUUGCAUGUCUUUUUAGCUGUAGAUUACAUUUACCAUGACAAAAAUUAAAAACUAAAUUUCAUCUCAUACAAAAAUUAAAAACUAAAUUUCAUCUCAUACAAAAAGCUCCACUCCGUCACAUUUUGGGGACAAAAACAAGACAACGAAAAUAAUUUUGACCCAUUUACCGUAAGUAUAAGCAAAGAGAAUUUGAAAUAGAUGUGAUAUUCAAAGUAAACUUUGUAGCCACAGUAAAUUUACUGCCAUCUUUCGACACAUGAUUAAAACUUUUAGAACGCCUUUUGACUUUGAUCGUUAUUCUUUCACUGAUGUGUUAAAUUUAUUGUUAAAUAUCAAAAAGUGGCGCCAUCUAAUAGAGCAUAUGCCAAAGGUUGAGCCAUCGCUCGAAACGACGCCGCUCGCCAUGUUAUCGCUCGAAACGAAAGUUUACUUUGACACAUCUAUUUCAUAUUCUCUUUGGUACAAGUGCGCAUAGAAAUCUCAUAGAAAAAUAUGUUGUAAUUUUUAAUAAGAUGUUGACAUUUUAUAAUAUAGUCUUGUCGCUUUCGCACUAUACUAAAUAGAGAGUGAUGGGUGAUAUAUGAUUAUUUAUCGCAUUAUCUACGACAGAAGUAGAAUACAUGGCAUUUUGUCGCUUGAUAAAAAUGCUAAUAUGUUAGUGUUUGAGGCUUUUUUUUACAGUUAAAUGAAGUUAUAUUGACAAGCGUGAUUCUUGUGUAAAUUAAUUGUUAUUUUAUUGGAAAUUGUAUUACUAAGAUCGAUUACAAAAAUAACUCAACUAAACUUCAUUACGAAGGUAAUUUUAAAACGCACAGUUUAAAAAAACAUUUUUAGGACGUUUAUUUCUUCGCCAUUCUAAUGGAAGUGGAUAGGGAAGUAAAAUUAAAACAAGUGAAUAACUUUUAUAUCAUCUAUCAGAGAAUCGUUAAAGAAACAAAUAAUGAAUGAUGUAAAACAAAAUUUUCUUGCUCUUAACCAAAAAAAAUGCAACAGAAUGCAAUUUAUCUACAGUUGUGUUUUUUUAAAUUGAAUGAAAUGUAUAUAUAUAUAUAUAUAUAGUGACGUGCCACAACCAAUAGUAACUACACAAUAUUAUAGAGGCGUAUUGUCAAAGUAAAUUUUGUGGUCAACUAGAUUUACUGCCAUCUUUCGACACAGGACUAAAACUCUUAGAAUGCCAUAUGGCUAUUUGACCCAUGUUCUUUCACUGAUAUAUGUUAAAUAUCAAAUGGUGUCGCCAUCUACUCGAGUAUAGGGCAAAGGUAUAUCGCCAUCUAUUCGAGAAUAUUUUUUUUCUUGAUAAUUCGAGGCACGUUUUUUCUUAGAUUUUAUUUAUCUUAUACGGAGUUAUACAUAUCAUUGUUGAUAGUAAUCAGUUUUCUAUCUUUAGAAUUAAUUCAUAGUUAAUAGUAUCUUAAAUAUUGGUCACUUUUUGUGUUCGAUCUUAGUAAUUUCAUGACAUUGUAUGAAAAUAAACCGUAUUUUUGUCACGUUGAGUAUGGGUUAUAUACACAAUAGUUUUACAUAUACAUAUCAUACAAGCCUUUGAGAUGUGCCUGAAUUUCUAUAUUAUUUUAUAUCUUAGUUAUGUAGAAAGUAUGAUAGUAAUUAUUAGUUGUAAUAAAAUAAAAUAAUAUUGUAAAGUUAUA